UGACAGUGAUGCUGCCGCGGUUGCUACCAGCACCAUGCCUGUUGAAGAGGGAGGCGCACGGACUCGUAGUCGGAGUUCCUCCGUGAUUACUACCAUCUCGGCCAACGGAUCAGUGGGACACGUCAGGAAACGGCGCAAAUCUCGCAAAACCUCGUCCAGCUCGUCCUCUUCGGGCACCGCUUCGUCCAGCUCGUCUUCUUCGUCUCCAUCGUCUUCCGAUGCAGUACCGCAGGCAGGAUGCAGGCCGUUUGAGAGGGCAUGACUCCCGCGGAUGCACGGAUGCCCAUCGGGAUGCCGGCGGAGAUGGUAAUCGGAAGGACCGGGGUGGUAGUCACCAAAAUGCCGGGGGGGAGGCUCGUGGCAGCCACGAAACUACUCGUCGUUCCUACUUUGGUCCGAGCAGCAGGCAAGUGAAGCGUUUCUUGGAGACGAAGGACACGUCGGGGCCCUCGUCAUACCGUCGGCUGUUCAAGCUGCUCGCCGACGAGUGGGAACCGAAAGGUUUCAACCGGGGCAUCGACAAGCUGCAGGGUUUUGGUGUGCCCAACGGCACGCCGUGCAGCAAAUUCGUUUCGAAGUAUAAGGCGUUGGCAAUAUCGGAGUUGGCCUCGCACAGAGCUUUCGCGGAUCUGCGCAUGGUACAGCGUGCGCUUCGGGACGCUUUGUUGGAGCAGUAUCCGAACGUUCUCUCGUCUUUGCCGUUGAAGGAUAAGAUUCUCCACAACGUAGUGUUAAGUGAUCAGGAUGAGCUUUGGGACUUUAUCUUCGGAGGAAGCACUAAAACAUUCGCCCGCUUGCAAUGGCGACCUCUAUUUUACCACCGUCACUUCUGGGUUUUCAUCGGCGCCUACACGAGCCAUGACCACGACCGUGGGGCAGCAGCGGCCGCCACCGCCGUCGCCGCUGCAGCCAUCCGCAUGAUCGCUGGGACCACAAUUUCCCGCCGGGCGUCGUGUCUUGUGGUGUGGGCGAGGGGCCGACAAAACUUCGGGUGUCUCGCGGACGCUCACCCCGAUGUCUACGCCCCCCGGAGGCAUGGAUUCGGCUACUCCCACGUUUCGGCGGCUCCGGGUGGCCUUGUCAACCACGCGGAAGCACAGGGACCUUCGGGACAGCCCCAGGCCCGCCACGGUGGCUCGAGUACGCUUGUACCCACCGCGCCCCCUCCGGACCCCUUGCGACGUUCCCCUACGGAGCGCCAACGUCGCACGGUGCUGACUGCACCACCGUUGCCGAGCGCAAGUGACGGUUUCCCAAAAUCGGAAGUUUCAUGUUCUUUGUCACGAGAUAGUGGUCCCGAGCCUCCCGCGGCCGCUGGCCAUGUUGGUCGAACACCCGCGAUGAAGGCCGCUUUUAAUGAACAGACCGACGCCGACGUUUUGCGCGAAAACGCCCGCGUAGACCGCUUGGUUUCGCACGAUUCUGCGGCUGGUUCACCGCUUUUGCCUGCCUCUCCUCGUAACUCACAAUCCGGCCCGCCUUCGGGUGGCACCCAGAUUGUCCUGCCGGUUGCCGGUGCCAUUUCCCUUGAUGAUAUUUUUUCGGGGAAGGUAAGCGCACCCGCGCGGCAGGCCCCUGUUUUUGAUGGAAUUCAGGAAUAUUACAACGAUGAGUUCAUGAUGGCGGAGAAAGCCCGCAUUUUCGGCGAUGAUGCCGCUUAUGCCAAAAUCAUGGCUACCUCCGACCCGAGGGAACACAAGUCCCUUGGUCGCAAGGUUCGCCGUUUUGACCAUGCCCUCUGGGAGCUCCGACGCGAGGAUGUUGUCUUUCCGCUUUUGUAUGCAAAAUUCGCCCAAAAUGCUGACGCGUGCGAACGUUUGUUGGCUACGGGUGACAGACAGAUAGCGGAGGCUAGCCCUUAUGACGGAUUGUGGGGCAUUGGUGUUGAUGCCUUCGAUCCGCGUGCGGCGUCGCCCUCCAAGUGGACUGGUAGAAACCUUUUGGGCAAGGCGCUUGUUGCGACGCGCACGCUUCUGCGUGUGCGACCGGUCGAACCCGAUAAGCCUUUACGCCCUGAACACUCGGGGCAAUCUGCCCCCGUGUGUCCCACUAUACACGAAAUUGCAUCCCCGGGGGAGGAUUCUUCAGCUGACGAUCCCCCUUCCGAGGACGCGCGUGGCCUCUUGGGCGUGCCAGCGAACACGCCCUCGGACCACUCGAAACAGGUGCUGGACAUUGCCUCUGCUGCUUUUCGCGAAGCCGCCGCUUCCCCACCGCCGCUGUUGGCGGAACACGGUCCAGAUUUGGUGAGCGGGUACGCCGAGUUGGAGCCCGGUUACGUGCUUGGAGUGGCGACUGCCCCACUUGUGCAGAUUCCGCUCGCAUCGAUGGAUCCCACACCGCAGACGGCCGAGGGUGUUGGGUCGAAUGACCUACGCUGCCGACCCGUUCCGAAAAUGGGCCGCCGUCUCGCGCUCAACCAUCUGGUGGGGAAGAAGGUCGAUGCAAUUCUCGAUCAAUACCUUGCUGCCGGUCUUAUCCAGCACUCGCAAUCGCCGUGGGCGAGCCCUCUGGUUGUCAUGCCUAAAAAGGACGGCAAUCUGCGUUUGACCGUGAACUACAAGAAGCGAAACAAAUUGUGCAGCCUUGGCCAACAACCGCAGCCGCGUGUUGACCACAUCAUCGAUUCCCUGCACAAGGGCAUAGUGUUUUCCAUUUUCGAUCUUAACUCCGCUUUCCACCAGAUCACAGUCGACGAGGACACGGUUCAGCUUACGACGUUUUGCACGCCCACACAACUUUUCGAGUGGCUCCGUAUGCCUCACGGAAGCUCCGUUGCACCGUCAUGGUUCACUAUGGUCAUCAACGAAGUGGUUAAAGGUCUGGACCACGUGCUUGCGUACCUAGACGAUGUGAUUGUGUUUGACGCUGACCCCGUCCACCAUGUCGCCAACAUACGGUUAUUUUUGGAGCGUUUGCGCAAGUACAACCUAAAGCUUUCUCCUCUUAAGAGUCACGUCGGCGCUAAGGAGGCUGUUUAUUUAGGCCACACCAUCUCCCCUGCGGGUGCUUGUCCUCGUGCCGAUAAGGUCGAAGCCCUCACAAAAAUGCUGCUGCCUAAUAACGUCAAGCAGCUGCGUUCUUUGCUGGGUGGGCUUUCGUAUUACCGAAAAUCCAUCAAGGGUUUGGCUGUUCGCGUGAAACCACUCACCGACCUUUUGCGUAAGGACGCGAAGUUUUGUUUUACGCCGGCUAUGGCGGAUACUGUCAAAGGACUCUUGGCGAAACUGACCGAACCUCCGGUUUUGGCUUUCCCGGAUUGGGAUGCUGUCGCGGAUGGCAGCCGCCCUCUCCGGCUUUGCUGUGAUGCCUGUGUGGAUGGUUUUGGUGAGGCUCUUGAACAAGAACAGGCCGAUGGUUUCGUUCGCCCCAUUCUGUUCGUUAGCCGCGCUACGCUCGAAUCCGAGCGCAAUUGGACCGUGCUCGAUUUGGAGGCUGGAAGAAUCGUGUGGGCAAUCAAACGCCUGCGCGGCUAUUUUUGGUCUACGCACUUUCUGAUUUAUUCGGACCGCAAGGCUUUGGAAAGCAUCGUCAAGGUGGGUGAACACAACGCCCGCGUUCAACGUUGGCUCGAGUUCCUUUCCUCGUUCAAUUACACCCUUGUCUACCGCAAAGGCACUGCCAACGCCAAUGCGGAUUUUGUUUCCUGGUUGCCCUUGCCGGCAACCAAAGCGGGUAGACACGGUGACACCAGUAUCGCAGUCGAUGACGUCGCGGGCGACGCCGCGGCCUCCUCGAACGCCGGCCCGGUCGAGCGGUGCCGCGAAAUCUACGAGAGUCGUGGGUAG